AUCAAAGAAGGGUGUGUGCGGGCGGACAUCAUCAUAUUAGCCUUGAUGAAAACACAUUACUUGUUAGCUAGGAGGCUACGACGACCCUGAAGCACCUGACAGCACGAAGCCAGCUAACCUGGGAUGUCUGGAACCGACUGGUACGCUCACAAGUCGCUCGGAGACGGACUCUUCUGGAUCCAAGAGCGAUUCUACCAGUCAGAUAACCGGGCCAACAUCUGGCUGCUGCGCGGCACCCACCAGGACGUGGUGAUAGACACGGGUCUGGGCUUGAGGAGCUUACCUGACUACAUCGACGCUAAGGGGCUGCUCGGAAAAGACCCGCAGAGGAAGAACCCGCUGCUGGCAAUCGCCACCCACGCCCACUUCGACCACUCGGGCGGGCUGCAUCAGUUCCAACAGGUGGGCGUCCACAGCGCGGAGGUCGACGCCCUGGCCAACGGGGACAACUUCGAGACGGUCACCUGGCUCAGUGACAGGGAGAUAGCCGAGGCUCCCAGUCCGGGAUGGCGGGCCAGACACUACAAAGUCAAGGCUGUGCAGCCCACACACAUACUGCAGGAGGGCGAUGUCAUUAACCUGGGCGACCGUCUGCUGACGGUGCUUCACAUGCCGGGUCACUCUCGAGGAAGCAUUUGCCUCCACGACCGCGACAAUAAGUUGCUGUUCAGUGGAGAUGUGGUGUACGAUGGCGCCAUGAUCGACUGGCUUCCCUAUAGCCGGGUCAGUGAUUACGUCAGCAGCUGUGAGCGUCUGGUGGGGCUGGUGGACAGCGAGCAGGUGGACCAAGUUCUUCCCGGCCACUACAACGCCUUCGGUGCAAAGCGCCUGCACCGCCUCGCGUCCACGUAUGUCAGCAGGGCGGGAACGUGCUCCGCAAAGUUUUCCACACUGGCCUGGAGAACUAUGGCCGGGUUGGCACUGCGGGCCUCCAACCCACGCAGUGCCUGCUAAUGAGAGCGGCACACAGAGCUGAGGGAAGCACAAGGAGAAUCUUUUAAUACAAAGGACCUAAAAUAAUAAAAGGAGAGGAAAUGCAAACAUCCUUAUUUAAUAUAACUCUUUACUUACUUAUGUUAUCCAACAGAAAUCAUAUAAUUGCCAAACUACAGUCAAAAAUGCCCCUAAUGGGUUUACAUAAGUCAAGAAUCUGUUUCAUAUGAAGCAAAUAUUUACAAGUGUUAUUCUAUUUAUUAAUUAUUAUGUGUAUGUUGAUCAUAUAGUAUGAAUAGAUGUUUUUUUUAUACUUUAAGCAGAUGUGAAGUUCUUCUAUAGCACAACAGCACACGUGCACUACAGAGAAUGGGGAGCUUGGGUUCUCCUCUGUGGCUAUGGCCAUAGCUUUUCUCUAUGCAUAUUAUUACAAUGCUCAGUGAAGACCCGGUGUCAACUACCUCCUAUGUUUGUUACGGUGCUCUGUACUGUCGACUACUAUACAGCUUUGCUGUCGAAUAUCUGACAAUUAAAAUUUUCCGCUCUGCA